AUGGGGUAUACUUCCACGGAACAAGCAACCCACGACAAACUCAACCUCGUACGGCUCGUACACAAGCUUGAACAGCAAACGGAGGCGGAAGCGGACCGAUGGCCAGAAUCGUUGGGGCUCGACCAAUACCACACGUGGCUCACGGUGCAGAGCACUCUGCAGAAAGUUAGGUUUGCGCGUACCUUGUUGAAGAAGGUACAAGCCGACGAAGAGCUGCAUUCAACCAGGUACUUCAUCCUUUCGCUGGCUGGCAAGCGACCGUACUCAAAGAGGCGCAGGUCUUCUAACAUACGCUAUGAGAAAUUGGGUGCUACUUUGGACUAUGUGGAGGAAAGGGUGAAAGAUGCCGAAAAGCGCGUGCCCCGUCCGACCGUCAAGCCUAAACCCCUGCUGCCGUCGUUACCUCUCCCUGAAGCUCCUUUGGAACCCGUGCAGCCGAGCACUUCUGUCAUCACCGAGGCUUCUCCAGCCAUAGCACUCAUACCCGGGGAAGGCGCACCACUAGCGAAUGUUGCCGAAGGGCUGCUCAUAUCUCCGGACGAAGCCUCUGAAUCCACGCUUUCGCCCAUAACCCCACUCUCCAACCCCAUCGCAUUGACGCCAUUGGUACCCAGCGCUCCCUCAGUGUCGGACCCGUCUGCUGGCCCCAAAGCCGCACCGUCCUUCCUUCAGAACUCCACCGCGGUACAGAACGAGCUCCAAGACCAGCUCGCGCAGAUGGCCGCCCAGCUCAGGCGAAACGCGCAGCACUUCUCGUCCCGUCUAGCGGAGGACAAGGCGCUCGUGGACGACGUAUCGGAGAAGCUCGAUCGGAACUUCGACGUGAUGACGAAGGAGAGAGUGCGGCUGCGUGACAGGAGGGUUGCGGCGAGGGGGAAUACGUGGCUGGUGGUGUGCGGGGUUAUUGGGGUGCUGCUCGCGUUCAUUGUGAUGGUGUUCAUCAUACGGGUGACGUGA